AAGCACACAGUUGAGCUCGUGCAGCAGUUGGAAACGCGUCGUGGGGCCAGCGAGUAGACACAAAAAGUGAAAAGAACGAAAGUGAAAGAACGAAAGAUCCUCAAAGAAGGAAAAAAAAGGAAAGAAAGGAAUAUUUUCGAAGAAGGAUGUCGGUGGAAACGGUGCAGGAGACGCUGCAGCAGGCGACCAGUGCCGGUGGCUUUGGAUUGAAUCCACUGCUCACCGGUCUCGUUGGCACCCUGGUUGUGAUGGCCCUCUACGAGUAUUGGCAUCGCAACACCCGCGAAUACAAGAUGGUCGCCAAUAUCCCUACGCCACCCACAUUACCGCUGUUGGGACAGGCUCACUUGGUGGUCGGUUUGAGUAAUGCGGACAUCUUGGCUGUCGGACUGGGUUAUCUGAACAAAUAUGGCGAAACGAUGAAGGCUUGGCUGGGCAAUGUGUUGCUCGUCUUCCUCACCAAUCCCAAUGAUAUUGAGUUGAUCCUGAGCGGACAUCAGCAUCUGACCAAGGCUGAGGAAUAUAGAUAUUUCAAGCCCUGGUUCGGUGAUGGUUUGCUCAUCAGUAACGGUCAUCAUUGGCGCCAUCAUCGCAAGAUGAUUGCCCCAACGUUCCAUCAGAGCAUCCUCAAGAGCUUUGUGCCCACCUUCGUCGAACACUCGAAGGCGGUGUCCGCUCGCAUGGGCAAGGAGGCGGGCAAGACGUUCGAUGUCCACGAUUACAUGUCCCAAACGACUGUCGACAUUCUGCUCUCCACGGCGAUGGGUGUGAAGAAGCUGCCCGAGGGCAACAAGAGUUUCGAAUACGCUCAGGCUGUGGUCGAUAUGUGCGACAUCAUCCACAAGCGUCAGGUGAAGCUGCUGUAUCGCUUGGACUCGAUCUACAAGUUCACCAAGCUGCGUGAGAAGGGCGAUCGCAUGAUGAACAUCAUUUUGGGUAUGACCCGGAAUGUGGUGAAGGAUCGCAAGGAUAAUUUCCAGCCCGAAGCACGCGCCAUUGUCGAGGAGGUCGAACAGACGCAGUCCGUGAAGCAACCGGCGGAGGGAUUACGCGACGAUCUGGAUGACAUCGAUGAGAACGAUGUGGGUGCCAAGCGUCGGUUGGCGCUGCUCGAUGCCAUGGUUGAGAUGGCCAAGAAUCCCGAUAUCGAGUGGAAUGAAAAGGAUAUUAUGGAUGAGGUGAAUACGAUCAUGUUCGAGGGACACGACACCACAUCGGCUGGCUCCAGCUUUGCCCUCUGCAUGAUGGGCAUCCACAAGGACAUCCAGGAGCGUGUCUUUGCCGAACAGAAGGCCAUCUUUGGCGAUCAAAUGCAACGCGAUUGCACCUUUGCCGAUACCAUGGAAAUGAAAUACCUGGAGCGUGUCAUCCUCGAAACCUUGCGGUUGUAUCCUCCAGUACCCGUGAUUGCUCGUCGUCUCGAUCACGAUGUGAAGCUCACAAGCGGUCCCUAUACGGUGCCCAAGGGUACCACGGUCGCUGUGCUCCAAUAUUGUGUGCAUCGUCGUGCCGAUAUCUAUCCCAAUCCGACCAAAUUCGAUCCCGAUAACUUCCUGCCCGAACGCAUGGCAAAUCGUCAUUACUACAGCUUCAUUCCCUUCAGCGCUGGGCCACGCAGUUGUGUGGGUCGCAAGUAUGCCAUGCUGAAGCUGAAGGUCCUGCUUUCGACGGUGGUGCGCAAUUUCAUUGUCCACUCGAACGAAACGGAGGCGGACUUUAAGCUUCAGGCUGAUAUCAUUCUGAAGCUCGAGAAUGGUUUCAACAUCUCGUUGGAGCAGCGUAAAUAUCCCACAGUCGCGUAGAGCCCUCACAGUCUGUACAUUUCCCCUGUACAUGACUCCCUGACGAACCCGUUUAACGAACCACGCUCCAAAUCAGUCAAUCGAAAGCCCCUCAAUUCAUUAGCCAAAGAGUCAACGAAACGAGGAACUAACAUACAAUAAACACGCAUUUUUAAAACAUUUUUUUUUUUGGAGAUGGAUGAAGUGGACAAAACAACAAAAACCUUUGAGCAAGACUCAAAGUUUUGCUUAGUUUUCGUGUUUUUUUUUGUUUGGUAUACACGGUGUAUAUCUCUAUUCCUAUAUGCUAUAUCGUUUAUUAGAGAAACUUAGUUAGUAGUGUGAUUUUUUUUUUAUUGUGUGCUUAUAAUAUCCAUUGUUUUUAGUAUUUAUUAAGUCACAUGGUUUAGACGAAACCCAAAAAUAAUGAAAAAUAUAUGAUGAAUGCAAAGGUGGCCACAAGUGCUACAAAAAUAUAAAGAAA